GGUGGAAUAUGAUAAGACCAUAUAGUUUAUUGCAUGAAAAUGAAAAGAGCACAUGUUGCUCUCUCCUUCCACCUUGUUUCCUCCCUUUAUAUAUAGAAUCAAAAAUCAUUCCUUCUUCCACCAUCCCAGAUCAAGAACCCAAUAAGAUCGACUCUUACUACGAAUCUCUCAGCUUACAGAACUCCCACGCGCAUAUACGUACAUACUCUCAAGAAUCAAGAUCCAAGAAGAUUCUUCAUAUUUAUACAUCCAUGGACCAGUACUCAUCGUCUUUGGUCGAUACUUCUUUAGAUCUCACUAUCGGUAUUACUCGUAUGCGAGUUGAAGAAGAUUCCACGACAAAUGCAUUGGUGGACGAAUUAAAAAGAGUGAACGCUGAGAACAAGAAGCUCUCGGAGAUGCUAACUUUGAUGUGUGACAACUACAACGUCGUAAGGAAACAGCUGAUGGAAUAUGUUAACAAGAGCAACAACACGGCCGAGAGAGAGCAAACCAGUCCUCCCAAGAAACGCAAAUCUCCAGCGAGAGAUGAAGCAGUUAGUUCAGCGGUUAUUGGUGGAGUAUCGGAGAGCAGCUCUACGGAUCAAGAUGAUCAGUAUCUGUGUAAGAAGCAGAGAGAAGAGACUGUUGUAAAGGAGAAAGUCUCAAGGGUUUAUUACAAGACCGAAGCUUCUGACACCACCCUUGUUGUGAAAGAUGGGUAUCAAUGGAGGAAAUAUGGACAAAAAGUUACUAGAGACAAUCCCUCUCCAAGAGCUUACUUCAAAUGUGCUUGUGCUCCUAGCUGUGCUGUCAAAAAGAAGGUUCAGAGAAGUGUGGAGGAUCAGUCCGUGUUGGUAGCUACUUACGAGGGUGAACAUAACCAUCCAAUGCCAUCGCAGAUGGAUUCAAACAAUGGCUUAAACCGUUACGUUUCUCUUGGUGGUCCGGUUGCACCAGCUGCUGCAGCCAAUGGAAGGUGUAGCUUGGCUAAGCCUGUUGAUUUGACUGAAUCCAAGAAAGUGAGGAGCCCAUCAAGAAUCGAAUUUCCAGAAGUACAGAAGCUUUUGGUGGAGCAAAUGGCUUCUUCCUUGACAAGAGAUCCUAACUUCACAGCAGCAUUAGCAGCAGCUGUUACCGGGAGACUAUACCAAAAGAAUCAAACCGAGAAAUAGCUUAGUUUCAAAUUCUAUUAGUGUUUUUAGAUUUGAGUUUGGCAUAUGAGAGAAAGUAGAUUAUAUAUCCAUUGCUUAACAUGUAAUCGUUUCAAUGCAAUCUCCAAUAAAUUCAGCUUAGCAACUUC